AUUGCCUUCUAAGGAAGUGUCGACCUUUCUAACAUGGCCGUUACGUAGGCACGUCAGUUAGCCAACCUUCACUCGACUGAGAUACCGAGCGAUUCAUAUCUAUGAAAAAUGAGGCGGGCGGACUGAGCCUAUAUCUCGGCCACCAUUUUACAUUUCCCCAUAUUUAACACAACAAACAACUAAUAAGCUGCAUCGGUGACGUCAUCACGAACAUGGCGGCGCAGAACGAGUUUCGGAAGCGCGGAAAGAAGCAUUUCGGAGGCUUCCAGCAUCACGCCAAACGAUGGAGGGGCUCCAGGGAGCUGGACGUGGGCAUGGAAGGCAUCCUGAUCACAUGCAACAUGAACCAGAAAAAGUGCACGGCGGAGGCCUUCGACCUGCUCAACGAGUACGCGGACCUGCUGUACGGUCCUGAGUUUCAACACGAUGCCGGAGGCUACAAUGACGAAUAUGUGGAGGAGGCUCUGCAGCACGAGAUGGCGCAGCUGCGAGCGUACGGCGGCAGACCAGAGCCGCGUUUCCAGGCUCUGGAGAGCGGGGCCAACAACGUCAUCUUCAUCAGAACCCGCAACCUGGAGUCCGACAGGCUGGUUCAUUACAUCCUGUCCGAUCUACACGCCACCAAGAAGAAGAAAACGCGCAUCAUCCUUCGCAUGCUGCCGGUAAUGGGCACGUGCAGGGCCUUCCCGGAGGACAUAAUGAGGUAUCUGGCCACCUUCCUAGAGCCCUGGUUCAAGAGGCCAAACCGUGCCACCUACCAAAUUGCCUUUAAGUCGCGCAACAACAGCCACAACAAGAGAGACGAUGUCAUCAAGGCCAUCGCCGGCCUGGUGGGCAAGCUGAACCCCAAGAACAAGGUCAACCUGACCCACCCGGACCUCACCAUCAUGUUGGAGGUGAUCAAGGGCGUAUGCUGCGUCAGCGUGGUCCGUGAGUACAUGCGCUUCAGGAAAUACAACCUGCAGGAAGUGGUCAAGGAUGAAGAGCCCAAGAAGGAGGAAGGCUCCGCCGCGACCGAAAAAGCAGCCGAGCCAGGAGUCAGCGAGGAGAACGCGGCCAAAAAGGAGGAAACCAACACUGGGACUGAAAAAGCAUCUGAAGCAACGGCCGGCGAGGAGAACAAAAACGAGGAAACCAACACCGUGACCGAAAAAGCAUCCGAAACGGCAGCACCAGCAGCCGGCGACGAGAACGCGGCCGAAAAGGAGGAAACCAACACCGUGACUGAAAAAGCAUCUGAAGCGACGGCCAGUGAGGAGGAGGCAGCCAAGGAGGAAGCAGGCGACAUCGUAACCGACGCAGCAGCAGCAGCAGCAGCAGCAGACAACGGCGAGGCAGAAGCAGCCAAGGAGGAAGAAGGUAACAUCGUAACCGACGCAGCGGCAGCAGCGGACGGCGGCGAGGCAGAAGCAGCCAAGGAGGAAGAAGGUAACAUCGUAACCGACCCAGCAGCAGCAGGAGCGGACGGCGGUGAGGCAGGAGCCGCCGAGGAGGAAGAAGGCGAAGCUGGAACUGAAAUGGAAACAUCAGGCACGGCUGAGCUGGAGCUUCAGGAGGAGGAGGAGGAGAAGGAGCCUAACGAGGAAGACAUGCAGGAAGAAUCCGCAAAGGAGGACGAUGACGACAAGUGUGAAGUGGAUGGAAAGUAAUGCUCAUUUUGUUUUGCUAAAGUAGGUUUUUUUUUUUUUUUUUUUUUAAUUAAAUCAAAUAAGGUUAGUAAAUUGUAGAUGCGCUGUCUUUUUAAUCUUCCAAUCUUUGUUUUUUUUGUUCUUGUUGUUUUUUUUUCACUUAUAGAUUUUGUUUAUUUGUCACAUUCUGGUUUUCUGUAAAGAAAUGUCCAAAAUUAAAUGUGCUUUUGACUCGU